AAAGCAAGGAGCAAGAAAUUUCCCCUAUCUUUCCUCUACAUUCAGCUGAGCUCCUCCCCCGCGCGGGGCUUCGUUUGAUCAAAUCCUUCAACUUGAACCGCUUCACCGAAAAUCACUUUUUACAACACGGCAACUGUAAACCAGGCAACUUGCGAGGAGUUUUGCGGCCGCACGUCAAUAACGAACAGAGGAAGACACAUAGAGGGAAAGCGCACGGCUAGAGAGUAUCGUUUCAUGGUAUCCGCGAUGGAGAGGAGGGUCAGAUUUUUUCCGAUCUUGCGUAUCCCCCUUUGGCUCUGGUUUUGGGUCUUUACUUCUUUCUUUACGAUUGCCAAAACAGAUAUAACUUGCAGAUCAUGUCAACCCCUGGCCAAAUUGCGUCCGCGGGAAUUAUCGGGGCUUCUGGAGCUGGACAGACAAACAUUUGCAACAGGAUCUGAAGGGGAAGUUAUUAGCCAUGGAGACGGUGCAGUGGGUUAUGGUCCCGAAAGUGCGGAAACUCGGAGGCUUGAUUGUGCAGAAGAGCCUCCCGACUGUGUUUUGGGCAAAGUGAAAAAUAUACGUUUGGAACAGGAACGGAAUACUGGCCAGCUGCGUUUCAAGAAAUCGUUCGACAAGCGGCCGGAGCGUGGCGGAAGCGACGGCACCAAAAGCGGUGACAAAGUUUUCAACCUCAGAAUUAACGACAAGAAACACGACAGCGGCUGGAAUACCGUCACAUUUUUUACUUCUGCCAAGCGCAACGAAAAGUCCGCUGGUUACAACCACCGGGUUCGAAGGAGCAGUCGGGGACCCGGAGAAAAAAAUGAACGCGUGAAAUCGUCCAGUUCAGCCGAAAAUAAAGGUUCGCUGCCACUGAGUCACCAGCACGAGCGCAGCGCAUCGCUCCCUGGGCGCAGGUUCACUCGGUCAGAAUUAAGAUGGAACAGCGAAGACAGAAGGAUGGCCAGUUCACGGCAGGACGAUUUGAAACUUACCAGUUCCACCUUCGCCUUGGCCGGGGAUUCUGCUCACAACCAAGCGAUGGUGCACUGGUCUGGGCAAAAUAGCAGCGUGAUUCUCAUGCUGACCAAGCUGUAUGACUUCAACCUGGGCAGCGUCACAGAGAGCUCUCUAUGGAGGUCAACGGACUACGGAACGACGUACGAGAAGCUUAACGAGAAAGUGGGAGCCAAAACGGUCCUGAGCUACUUGUACGUCAGCCCCAACAACAAGAGAAAGAUCAUGCUGCUGACGGACUCGGAGAUCGAGAGCAGCCUGCUGAUCAGCUCGGAUGAGGGAGCGACCUACCAGAAGUACCGGCUCAACUUCUACAUCCUGAGCCUGCUCUUCCACCCCCAGCAGGAAGACUGGAUUCUGGCCUACAGCCACGACCAGAAGCUCUAUAGUUCUGUGGAGUUCGGAAGAAGAUGGCAGCUUGUACACGAGAGGGUGGCUCCUAACCGCUUCUACUGGUCCAAAAUGGGAUUAGACAAAGAGCCUGGAUUAAUUCACCUGGAGACCAGUAUAUCUGAAGGGCAAGCUCAAUAUGUGACCUGCAAACUUCAGAACUGCACAGAGUCCAACAAAGGGAAACCAUUCCCAGGGUAUAUUGACCCCAAUUCCCUGGUGGUUCAAGACGAGUACGUGUUCGUUCAGGUGUCUACGGGCGGCCGACCGGUCUACUACGUGUCGUACAAAAGAGACGUCUUUGCACCUAUGAAGCUCCCGAAGUACACUCUGCCUAAGGACUGGCACGUGAUCAGCACGGACGAGAACCGGGUGGUGGCGGCGGUGCAGGAGUGGAACCAGAACGACACGUACAACCUGUACGUGUCGGAGGCGCGCGGAGUCUUCUUCACGCUGGCGCUGGAGAACGUGGUCAGCAGCAUGGGGCUGGAGGGCAACGUCAUGAUCGACCUCUACGAGGUAGCAGGGAUAAAAGGAAUGUUCCUGGCAAACAAAAAGGUGGACAGCCAGGUGAAGACGUACAUAACCUACAACAAAGGCAGAGACUGGCGUCUGCUCCAGGCUCCGGAGGCUGACCUGAGAGGCAACGCUGUCCAUUGUGUGCUGCCGUACUGUUCCUUGCAUCUGCACCUUCAUGUCUCAGACAAUCCUUACACAUCCGGAAACAUCGCCAGCAAAGAGUCUGCCCCGGGAAUCAUCGUGGCCUCAGGGUGCAUCGGUGCGGAGCUGACCACCACCAACGUCAGCAUGUUCAUAACUUCAGACGCCGGGAACACCUGGAGACAGAUCUUUGAUGAGGAGUACAGUGUGCUCUACCUGGACCAAGGUGGAGCACUCGUGGCGAUCAGACACACGCCCCUGCCCAUCCGGCACCUCUGGCUCAGCUUUGAUGAAGGGCGUCAGUGGAGUAAGUACAGUUUCACCUCCACCCCCCUCUUCGUGGACGGAGUUCUGGGGGAACCGGGGGAAGAAACGCUCAUUAUGACAAUCUUUGGCCAUUUCAGUCAUCGGUCCGAGUGGCAACUGGUCAAAAUUGACUUCAGGUCCAUUUUCAACAGAAGAUGCAUGGAGGGGGAUUACCAGACGUGGCACCUGCACGAUCAGGGUGAGCCUUGCAUCAUGGGAGUUAAAAGGAUCUACAAGAAACUCAAACCCAUCGCCAGAUGCGUCAUGGGCAAGGACAGCUCGGUGGCCAUUACGUCAGAGCCGUGCGAAUGCACCGAGUCCGACUUUGAGUGUGAUUAUGGGUACGAGCGGCAGAGAGAUGGCAAAUGCGCUCCAGCCUUCUGGUUUGCUCCGUCCUCCAUGUCGAGAAGCUGCACCAUCGGAAACAGCUUCCUCAACAGCACGGGGUACAGGAAGGUUGUGUCCAAUAACUGCACGGCGGGAGUGAUGGAGGAGUACACCGCCAGGAAGCAGCCGUGCCCCAACCGAGCUCCUCGCGGCCUCCACCUCGUCACCAGCGAGGGGAGACUGACAGCCACGCUGGGCAGCAACGUCACCUUCCUGCUCUUCCUGGAGGAGGGCGACGGCUCACGCACGAGCAUCACGGUGGACUUCGGAGACGGCAACGCGGUGACGUACUCCAACGUGAGCUCGAUCGAGGACGGGAUCCGGCACGUCUACAAAAGCGUGGGUAUCUACAAGGUGUCCGCCACGGGGGAGAACAGCCUGGGGUCCGACAGCGUGGUGCUCUACCUGCACGUCACCUGUCCGCUGGAACACGUUCAUCUCUCCGUCCCCUUUGUGGCGGUGAAGAAUAAAGAAGUCAACCUCACCGCCGUCCUGUGGCCGAGCCAGGUGGGCACUGUCACCUACAUCUGGUGGUUCGGAAACAACUCUGAGCCGGUGAUCACGCUGGAGGGCAGCGUGGCGUUCACCUUCUCCCGGGAGGGCGUCAGCACCGUCACCGUGCAGGUCUCCGCCGGCAGCGCCAUCUUGCAGGACCGGAAGACGGUGGCCGUCCACGAAUAUUUCAGGUCGCAUCUUUUGGCUUUUUCCUCAAAUUUGGACGAGCACAAUCCGGAUGUGACUGAGUGGAGAUUGGACGUUAGCAGAGUGAUCAAGAGCUCCAUGAUCCAUGCCACGGGGGUCAGGGAAGACCAGCUUCUGGUCACCGUGCUCCCCGGGUUGCCGACGGCGGCGGAGUUCUUCCUCCUGCCGGAUAAGGAGUUACCCGAAGGGAAGCCGGACGGCACGAUGACACAUUUAGAUCAGCUCUCUGAAGUGCUGCUCGGCGCCCUUAAUCAGAACCUUGUGCAGUUCACGCUUCGGCCUGGGGUUCGAGUCACCGUCUACGCUGCGCAUUUGUCAGCGGCGCCCCUGGUGGACAUUAGUGAAAAUCACAGUGGCUCUGCGAUGCUCAUGCUGUUGUCUGUGGUCGUUGUGGGUUUAGCGAUCUUUGUCAUCUAUAAAUUCAAAAGGAAGAUCCCAGGCCUCAAUGUCUAUGCGCAAAUGCAGAACGAAAAAGAGCAAGAAAUGAUGAGUCCAGUGAGCCCCGCCGAGGACGCUCCGGACCCCCGGAGGGAUUCGCCGGCUUCUCCGGAGCUUCUGGACACAACGUUGGACACACAGGCUACAGGUUGCGUUAAACCUCACACGAAUAUCAAAUUUUCCACGGAACUCCCCACGUACGUCAGCGUUUAAACUCCGGAACCCGAACAGUCGACCCAGUCGCGUUUUGGACUUUAGACCAUUCAGACACAAAGGUUUUUAGCUUUAUACCUGUGCAUGUUGGACACUGCUGACACAAACCGUGCUCUGUGCAUACCAGAAUAAACUGUGUACAGGUUUUUUUUAUAUGUCUCUGUAAUAAAUACAAACAUUUUGAUUACAUUUAUUUAUAUAAAAUACGAUACAUAUGAAACUACUUUAGGGGAAAUACCUGCAUGUAAACAAUAACCAUGUGGUUUGCUAAAAUGGCUUUUUACAUCAUUUUGCUUUAUUUUAAUGCUAACAAGAGUGAUACAUUAUUUAUUCAUGAGGAUAUAUUUAAUUUUUAAAAAUUCAUAUUUUUUGUAAAUCAUGAAUGUGACGUAUGUAUGAGUUUUAACAUAAACUAAACUGAAAUAUUAUAUUUGAAUGUGAGAUCGGCGAAUGAAACAGAGAUAUUUUGGUCUGUAGUUUCUCGGCAAAAAAGAUAUUGCACAAUGCAUAAUUCAGUUCUUUGGUUUGUUUUCACAUUUCUGUGACUAUUUAAAAAAUGGAUUUGUAACAAUGCACACAAUAUUAGACGCAGGGUUAGUUGUUAUCGGUUUGAUGUAAUUUUCUUUCCAUUAUGAUGUAUUCUUCUGUCUGCAAAAAAACCCCCAUAUAUUUAUGAUAAACACUUUGAAAACUGUAUAUAAUAUAAUUGUAUACUGUAGCCACUACUCUUGAAGAGGUAUGACUAGAUGAAACCAUUCAAGAACUAAAAACAACCGUGUGAUAGGGUUGGGGCGUUAUCCGGCGAAACCGUAAUACUGUGGCAUACAAUACCGAUGGUGUUUUUUCAACGCCGUCCAGUCCGUUAAUGCACCAUUUUUAGAGUGCAUGUAUUGAACUAGCAUUCCUUAAAAACAGCAUCUCGUCCUGAAGCACUGCCACCCUUUUUCAGAAGUUACGCAGCGAUACCGGUGGCACCGGCGACGUCUGUGGGGGAAACCGUGCAGUGAUCCUGCUGCAGAUUGGACCGUUGGAAAAGAGACACGACUGUGGCUUAUGAUUUGGUUGCCAAAAUAAGUGACGGCCCCAUCGUGGCAGUACGCGGCCUUAUGCCACAUUAUGAAGGGAACCCCUGAUAUUUCGAUGAGGUCGUCUGUAGUGGUGAUGACCAAAGGAAGGCCAGGUGACGAUUCGUAGUGCUCGUGCUCAUGAGCUCAUUGCCUGCAUUUCCCGCCUUUUUGUUGUGCGCUCCUCAAGGAUACAGGGCCUUCCACGUUUUAGUGCAAAUAUUCAAUUUCACAUCUCAGAGCAAUGUCGUUUUAUUUUAUUUUUUCGUACAUUGAGAAUUCAUAUCCAUACCCCCCCCCCCCCAAAGUUGAGGGAGUUCCUGUGGGAAAAGUAGUGGUUUCAGAAAAAGCCUGAAAUGGUGGAUCUCCCCGAUGGGAGGAAAUCUUGGGAGGAACCCGGCGGGGAAGCCCAUCCUCCACUGGCCGGCCAGGUGUAAAAUAGCGGUAGAAUGGAAUGUAACCGAAAUGUAAUAAGGGAUCUAUCACAGCAAAUAAAAUGGGUUGAGUAGGUUAAUACGCCGCAGCUGCAAUAUGCAACAUGUGCCAAUCGAGCAGUCAAAUCAGUCCACUAGCUAAAAAGAUGAUUUCGCUAGGGAGCUAUUUGGAUGUAUUUUGUUAUAGCUAUGUAAAAAAAAAAACUGUAAAACUUGGAGUGGAUUUGUGCUCGUGGGUGGAGCGUGUGCCAGAGGAUACACAGGAACGGGAAUCUUUGCCACAGAGGGGUGUGAUGGGU